AUGCCACACCCAAAUCCUCUAACCCUAAUAGUGGCAACAACACCUCCCCCCCUUCGACACGCAACAGAAGAAACAACAACACGCCUCGGAAUCGGUCUGAAGGGCACAUUGCCUUGGCCCCGGAUAAAAACAGACAUGACAUUUUUCGCGCGCGUCACAUCACGCCCACCAACCUCCGGCCAAACAAAUGCCAUAAUCAUGGGUCGCAAGACAUACGAUUCGGUGCCUGUCAAUUUGCGCCCGCUUGCGAAGCGGAUAUCUGUUGUUGUUACACGUGAUAUGACGGGGUCUGUUAAGAAGGGGGUUCUUGGGGAGUUGGUUGGGCGGCGACAGAGGAUGGCGAAGAAGUCUGCUGAAGCUGCUGCUGCUAAGAAAGAUGGGGAUGAGAACGUAGAGAAGAAGGUUGAGCCGGUGACGGAUGCGAUUGUUGUUCCUAGCUUGGAGCAGGCGCUGGAACGACUUGAUGUUGAGUAUGGGGAGAAGGGGAUUUUGGGGAAGGUUUUUGUAAUUGGCGGUGCAGAGAUUUAUAAUGCCGCUAUUCGGUUGCAGGGGGGUGGUGGGUUAGGGGGACGGGCAUUGAGAGUUGUUAUGACGAAUGUUGUCAGGAAGGGGGUUGAUGGGGGCGACGGGUCUUUCGAGUGUGAUACUUUCUUCCCGGUUGAUCGGCUUGAUGAGGGGAGUGGGUGGCGGGCUGCUAGUUCUGCGGAGGUUUCUGAGUGGGUUGGGGAAGAGGUGGAUGGGUUGUGGAAGAGUGAGGGGGAUGUUGAGGUUCAAAUGGUUGGGUUUGAGAAGGUUUAG